CUUUGGUGGAGGUUUUUCCUGUGACUAACCACAAAAGCUCAAAGCCAAACUGCAACUUUUCACAUUGUUACUGACUGCAGUGUGCUGCUCACUUCACUUUCAGCCUCAGCAGGAAUCCAGUGUUGGGUUAGAGGAAACACACCAAGGUGUAGAACAGAGGUCAACAAGGCUCCACUGUGGGCGACCAGACCUCCAACUUAUUAUCAUCCCAACACUGAAGCAGGAUCAGCAUGGAGGAUCCAAACGAUUUACAUCCAGAAGAAAUUCCUGGAGUUAGAGAAAACCUGGAAAACAAUGACGCUGCUGCAGCAGCUGCAAGGAUUCAACAACAUUUAGAAAGAGAAAAUAAUGUUCCACUAAAUAUCGCCAUCACAGGAGAAGGUGGGGUUGGUAAAUCCACCUUUGUUAAUGCCCUCAGAGGGAUGUCCAAUGAUGAGGAGGGAGCUGCUCCUACUGGUGUUACAGAAACCACCGAAGAGGUCAAAGAGUACCCCCAUCCAAACUAUCCCAAUGUUAAAUUAUGGGAUCUUCCUGGAAUCGGCACCACCAAGUUUCCAGCUAAGAAGUACCUGAAGCUUGUUGGAUUUGAGAAGUUUGACUUCUUCAUCAUCAUCUCAGCCGAUCGCUUCAGAGAAAAUGAUGUGAAACUCGCAAAGGAGAUUCAGAAGAUGAAGAAAAAGUUCUACUUUGUUCGAUCAAAGAUUGAUGAAAAUUUACGCGCCGAAAAAAGAAACAGACACUUCAGUGAAGAGGAGACUCUUACAAAAAUCAGAGAAGACUGUGUUCACAGACUCAGAGGAUUAGGCAUCGAGUCUCCGCAGGUCUUUCUAGUGUCCAGCUUUGAGCUCCACCUGUACGACUUCUCUCUCUUGCAGCAGACCUUAGAGAGAGACCUUCCUAAAAACAAGAGGGACGCUCUGCUGUUCGUCAUGCCCAACAUCAACCCAGAGAUCAUCAUCAAGAAGAAGAAAGCUCUGAAGUCCACAAUAAUAUGCUAUGCUCUUGGAUCUGCAGCUGGAGCAGCUGUUCCAGUUCCUGGUGUUUCUAUUGCUGUUGAUGCUGUUUUGCUGGUUGGUGCUGUCACACAUUAUGUUCAUGCGUUUGGUCUCGAUAUCCCGUCUCUGAAGAGACUUUCUGACAGAACAGGUGUGCCCUACGCUGAUCUGCGUGCCGUCAUCAUUUCACCACUGGCUGCAGUAGAAAUAACUGCAGGGCUCCUCCUGAAGGUUUUGACCCAUGUGGGACGCACAACUACAUUAAUUGUAGCAGAGGAAGCUUCCAGAUUUAUUCCCGUGGUUGGAAUCCCAUUAGCAAUGGGCUUCUCUUUCGGCACAACCUACACAAUUCUGAAAUCGAUCCUCAACCAGCUCGCUGAUGAUGCUCAGAAGGUGUUUGAAAGAGCUUCAGUCUGAACACUUCAGUGUGAAUUUGUAAAUUAAAGAUGAGUGAAACAAAAGAGUGCAAAUCAAAUUAAUUGAAAUCAUUAAAUAUAAAUGAAAUAAAUAUAAAUAUAAAUCAUGUUGCAGCUGCAUAUUUGAGCCAUUAUCCUACUAUAGCUGAUAAAUGUAUCAUAGGCCUCAGCAGGUCUCAUUUCUUCUCAUCACAUCAAUACAGGAACAAAUGUGAUGUUAUUAUUCAGAUAAAACCUGCUAGAAGAGCUUUGUUCUAAUCCCUUGUCGGAUUUGGUGACAUCACUUUUUACAGAUCAGGUGAUGUGAUAGUUACUCCUGAAACAUCGUCAUCUGAACCUCUUUUGUUUGAUUUACUUUGUGAUGAAACUCUUUUGUUAUCAUAUCGUCGCUUACAGCAUAAUAAAUACUUUUAAUGCAGAGUGUUUGAUGAUGAACAGAGGUGUGUAGAACAGAAACUGCUCCGUGGUGUUUUUGUCCUGUUGACUGUAGAUUGUGAUGAGAGUUCACUGCCCUCCAGUGGUCACAGUGGGGAACUACCACACAAAUAAUACAGAUAUGACUUCUAAUGUUUAUCAACGUUAUUCCUGCUUUUAUAAAUAAAUUGUUCUUGAUAAACA